AAUCGGCGAGUGCAUCGUAUAUAAGCUGCUGUUGCGGUUCGUACCUGGUCCAGACCAGUUCGACGUUCUAAUAGACCAGCCACAAUGAGAAACCUGACGGCAUUUGCGAUUCUCGCUUUUUUUGCACUGGCUCUAACGGAGGCGGCUGUUUACAUCGGUGGCGGUUGUUACGACUGUAAUCCGCCCGGAGGCCAAGGACCCGGAGUCUACACAGGUGGCAACGGAGGACGAGGAGGUGGAUACAACGGAGGCGGAGGCGGUGGAGGCUACAACGGCGGCGGAGGUGGAGGAGGUGGCCGUCGUCCAGUAUAUACGGGCAACUUUGGACCCGGCUAUGGCAACGGCGGAGGAGGUGGAGGAGGAGGCUACGGAGGCGGCGGUGGAGGUGGCUACGAUGAUGGCGGUCUUACGCAGAUUAUAAGCGGCUGAGAUUAUAAUCUCGAAGCUUUGCUAGCGCUAAGCCCGCAGAGCAAGCAUCGUCUGAAACUUAGAUUACAUAGACUUAAAUAAAAAAAAUAUAUAUUUUAUCA